GACGUAGCUCCGCCCCCAGCGUUGGCGCGAGAUCCGAACGUCGGCAGAGGUGGUGUAGUCAUUCUCUGAGAAGUUCGGGACCCCCAUCCCCUUGCCGGGUUGGCUUGGCCACUUCAGCGGCCAUGAGACGCGGAGGACCAGAGGAGGGUGCCUGCGGCGUGUGGCUGGACGCGGCAGCCCUGAAGAGGCGGAAAGUCCAGACACGUUUAAUGAUGUCAGGCACCAAAAUUCUAACACCCUUUCCUGGAGAGAGAAAGGCUAAGUUCUCUUGUACUCAAAGAAGAAAUCUACCUGCAAGCGUUCGGCAGACCAGUAUUACUUCCUUCUUCACCUUGCAGCCAGGAAAGACAAAUGGUGCUGAUCAGAGGAGUAUUUCAUCUCAUAUAGAAAGUCAGACCAACAGAGAGUCUAAGAAAGAUGCAACCCAGCUAGACCAUCUGAUCCAAGUCUUGGAGGAUGAUUGCGUGGCACCCCCUUUAGCCACUUCAACCCCUGCAGACAUCCAGGAGGCUGGACUUUCUCCUCAGUCCCUCCAGGCUUCUGGACACCACAGAAUGGGAACCCCAUUCUUGACUGUGCUGUCUUUGUCCCAGUCUGAUACCUUAGUCUGUGCUGAAGAGAGCCAAGACUCACUGGCUUGUUCCUUCACCCAGGACUUGGAAAGUUCGUGCUUGUUGGACCAAAGAGAGAGAGAGGAUUCUUCCUGGAAAAGGGAAUGGCUUCAUGGAUCUAAGAAAAAGAAUUGUCAGGGUAUGGAGAGACGCAGUAAGCCACUUGGCAAGGGCCAUCAGCCCUCGGCUAAGACUAAAUUGGAAAAGUUGUUGGCCAAAGAAAACAGGCAGGCCUCUGCCCCCUUUCAAACACACAGGGAUUCCUGGAGUGGAGAAAACACAGAAGCGGUGAAACAAAGUUCUUGUGCUGUUCCUGUGUUUUCCUUGGACAGUGAGAAGAAUGACAGGGACUCUUGGAGUCAGCUUUUCACUGAGGAUUCUCAAGGCCAGCAGGUCAUUGCCCACAACCCUAGAGCUCCUUUCCAAGAUGUAACCAACAACUGGAAUCGGGGCUUAGGGCAGUUUCCUGACAGCCCUUGGGCUCAGUACCAGGAUAGGCCUAUUCAGUUAAAUCUGCAGCCUGAUUUGUUCUUUACCCAGGACUCUGAAGUCCAAGCUCUAGCUUUCGGCAAGACUUGCAAAAAUUUUCUAAUUGAAAGGCAGAAACAUCUGCGGUGAGGAAGGCAGCUAUUG